AUGCCUCAACGCCCUGCGCUCAUCAACAUGACAAAACCCCGGGGGGGUCCCGGGUUCUUGGAACCACCUUACUUGCCGUCCGCAGGAGCACGCCGCGACCAUCACCUUGACUUCAGCUCAACGCAGCCACUAACUCGCAAUGCGCAGCAGACGCAUUAUAAAAAUAUUAUAGCGCGCCACUCACCAGGCCAGCGCUGGCACUGCGCCAGUAACCCGCAGCCGGAGGUAGGAGCCCGGCCUCAGAGUUCUGCCUACGACCAGCUUGCCCGGGGAGCCGUGCCAAUGGAUAAAGUUUUGACGCAUGACCCCGGAUCGUGUUAUUUGCCAGCGCCCCCAAUCACCGUGGAUCCGCCGGGCAAGUACUCGGAGCAGGCGGACGUGCCGAAUUCAUUCAAUAAAAAUGGAAACGCUGGUGGAAGAAAAAAAAAGAACUAUCAGCGCUAUCCCAAACCACCGUACUCGUACCUCGCCAUGAUCGCCAUGGUCAUCCAAAACUCCCCUGAGAAGAAGCUCACACUAUCAGAGAUCCUGAAGGAGAUUAGCACUCUCUUCCCCUUCUUCAAAGGCAACUAUAAAGGGUGGAGAGAUUCAGUGAGACACAACCUGUCCUCAUAUGACUGUUUUGUUAAGGUGCUGAAGGAUCCUGGGAAGCCUCAAGGUAAAGGGAACUUCUGGGCAGUGGAAGUCAGCAGGGUUCCUCUGGAGUUACUGAAGAGACAGAACACGGCUGUGUCCCGUCAGGACGAGACCAUAUUUGCCCAGGAUCUUGCACCUUACAUCCUUCAAGGACACUCUCCUGCUCACAAGCCUGAUCUGCCCCCCCCAAAACCUCCCCUGCCCAGUGCACCCACCAGACAGGCCUCUCCUCCUCUGGAGGACCCAUACCGCCCCAAACUGGAUUCGUCUUUUGCUAUUGAUUCACUCCUCCACAGUUUUAGGCCAGCCAGCACUGUAGGGGAGGGGCUUAGGGUAAAAGACAGCUGGGGGGUGGAGCCUCCUCAUAACCAUCUUGUGUCUUCACUACACCCUCGCCACCCUUCUUCUAAUCACAGUGCAUCAGCCAGUUCUGCUAGCCCCGCCUCUUCCUCAUCAGAUGAAGAGUGGAGAGGACUUACACGGCCCAGCAAGCGGGGGAGUGACGGAGAGCUGGGCCCAGACGGAUACGGUGACUCCUGCCCACCACCAAACAAGACUGUCAAACGUGGCUCUGCCCCUCCAUGGGAGUUGCCCACCUCUUACGCGAAGUACACUCCACCCAAUGCAGUUGCUCCUCCCAGUAUGCGCUUCAACGGGAGUCCCUUCGUGCCACUUGGGGGUAUUCCAUUCUACAGCUACAGUGGCCCUCAUGCCACACCCAGUCACUUUAGUAGUCACGGCUAUUGGCCCAUCGUACCAAGCAGGCAUGCCCCUCCUCUCUUUAUGGACUUGGACAGAAUGUUUCAGUCGGUUCCACCCAAUAAGAGUGUGUUUGAUGUCCUUGGUGCUGUGAAUCAGACUGUACACUCAACCACAGAUCAGUAUUCCAUACCGCACGGCCCUUCAUUCAGCAAGUAUUCUUAAUGCAGCUUCAUUCAAUGGUGUUUUUAUUCUUCAUAUCCCAGGACUGGUCAUAUGAAAGCGACGUUUACAUUUUACCAGGACACUGUACAUUUCAGCAUUCCAGAUGUAGAGCAAUAACACCAGGGCUUUGAACAUUCCAAAAACACAUUCCUAAGGAAUUCUAUCCAAUUCCAAACAACGUUUCAGGUCUACCUCAGUCCUACAGGGAUGAUGUCAGGCAACAGUGAACAAACACUUUGCACUGACGGUGUGCACUCGUAUGCUUUUCUCUUAGAGAAACCUUUUAAAUGUUUACUACCUUGAUGUCUGAAUGUCACUGUAACUUUGAAAAUUAUUCUUGUUUCUUUAAUAUCUUAAGCUCAGGUUUUAAAUGUCGAAUGGAAGGUGUUGUAUAAACAGGAUGGUACAUCGUUUCAGUAGUGCACGUCACUUGUGCAGAGUGCAUUUAUGAGGGUGUUUUACAUUUGAUUGAGUUUUGCUUUUUGAUGUCAAACAUUUUAUCAGGGUAAAUGUUUAUGAAUUCCAACUUCCUACCUCAUUGUUUUUCUCUUAUCUUUUUAUAUAGAUUUUUAUCAGAGUUUGGUUUUUAAUACCUAGAUGAUGGAUGCAUGUGUUUACAUGGCAUUUAUGAAAGAAGGACAUUAAAGGAUGGUGCUGUAAAUGAACUCUAGAGCUUAACAGGGUGGUGCAGGGGUUGGAUCAGAGCUGUUAUCUGAUUAGACUAAUGCAUUAAUAGUUUCUAAUCAAAACUGUGGCAUCAUUGAGACUGGAGUCUUCAUUAGAUGGGGUUGCUCUGAGUUGCUGAGUAGCUGCUAUGGGUUUUUUUUUCUGUAAAAAAACAAAACAAAAAAACACACACACCCUUUCACACCCCUGUCCUGACCCCCUACCCCCUUUGGAACUUUCCAGCCUCAUUGCAUCUGCAUGUGCAAGUGGGGCUCCAAACCUAGGAGUGGGGGUGAUGGUCUGUCUUUGGUCUGCAAUCUCCUGAGCUAUUCAAAGCAAUGUGGUGAAACUUAUCUCACAGUAGACUGGACUAUCUGUGCAGAUAGUUACUUUUUUUUUUUUUUGGCCCCUUGAAGAGAAACCAGCAGAGUUUAGCUUCCAUUGCUUAUAUAGUGUCUACAGCAUUUUAACACUGUCCUUCUAUACUAAGAACAAUAUGUUGAUUUUAAAUGUUUUUAAACAUUUUCAGGUUGAACAAUCUUUUAUGUUCACAUAAAUGUGACU